UGAACAGCUAGCUGUGGAAGAGAGGGACUGCUAACUGACUCUCCAUUGGAAUCCUUAGGGUUAUUCAUCUGUAUCAUCUAGGGCAGCAUUUCUAUUUCAGAUGGAAAUCUCCCAAAGAUGAAGAUAGCCAGAGACGAUGAACACGACGACGACGUGGCUUUUUACGAGUCUCUUGACCGCCUCUUAUCAUCGGCCUCCUCUUGCACUUCUUCUUCUUCUUCUUCUUCUUCUUACACUUCGUCAGAUAACGAUGACGACGAUAGACAACUGAUUUUCACUUCUUCUUCAUUCAAAACAGCCUUGGAGCGAAAUUUCCAUGUCCUUGAGUUUCCAUUGGCACUUUACAAUGACUACAAUGUCUGGAUCUCCGAUCCUUCCUCCGUCGAAGAACGUCGUAUGCGGCUUCUCACUCUUACGGGACUCACUAGAGAUCCUGUAGUUGUUCAAUCCAAAUUAGACUGUGCAUUGGAUCAUCACAAAGAUAGCACCGAAUCUCAUUCAAUCGAAUCGUUUUUUCCAUCUUCCAAAGAAACUGGAGUUGUUUAUGCUUCAUCCAUGAAAUUGGAUGCGUACACAAUCAAGGAUCUAGACAAUGGUAAGCAGUUUGUGAUCAAUGAAAUUAGGGAAGACGGGAUGUCAAAUAAGCUCAAGGAAGUCGGUACGGGAAGACAGUUGACAGUAGAGGAAUUUGAGAUGAGUGUUGGCCAUUCACCAAUUGUCCAAGAACUUAUGAGGAGACAAAAUGUGGAGUUAGGGAAUAUCAUCAAUGGAAGUGUUGGAACUGGAAGUGUAUCAAAAUUGAAGAAGAAGAAGAAUGGAAGUUGGUUAAAGAGUAUGAGACAAGUGGCUAGUAAUGUGACAGGACGAAGCAGUGAUGAAAAGGAUACUUCGUCUGAGAAGGGCGGAGGAGGGAGAUCAAGCUCAGCUACAAAUGAUAGUCUGGACAACACUACCUUCCACGCAUCUGAAAGAGUUCGAGUUCGGCAGUAUGGAAAAUCGAGCAAAGAACUCAGUGGGUUAUACAAGAGGCAGGAGAUACAGGCUCACAAUGGUUCCAUUUGGACCAUCAAAUUUAGCUUGGAUGGAAAGUAUCUUGCAAGUGCUGGUGAAGAUUGUGUGAUUCAUGUCUGGCAGGUGGUGGAAUCAAAUUGUAAAGGUGAUCUGCAAAUUGAAAGAACUGGAGUUGGUAAUUUGAAUCAAAUGGAAAUGUCCAUAAGUCAGAAGUCUGAGACAGUUGAAUCAAUUGCGAUGCCGGAGACUGUCUUUGCACUUUCAGAGAAACCUAUUUGUUCAUUCCAAGGACAUCUUGAUGAUGUGCUGGAUCUAUCAUGGUCAAAAUCUCAGUAUUUGCUGUCGUCAUCAAUGGACAAAACUGUGCGGCUGUGGAACAUGUCUGAGGAUUCAUGCCUGAAGAUAUUUUCCCACAAUGAUUUUGUAACUUGUAUCCAGUUUAACCCCAUUGAUGAUAGAUACUUCAUCAGUGGAUCCUUAGAUGCGAAAGUUCGAAUAUGGAGUAUUCCUGAUUGUCAAGUUGUUGAUUGGAGUGAUCUUCAUGAAAUGGUUACCGCUGCUUGCUAUACACCAGAUGGUCAGGGUGCAUUGGUUGGUUCACAUAGAGGAAGCUGCCACUUGUACAAUACAUCAGAAAAUAAGUUGCAACAGAAAGGUCAAGUCAAUCUACAGAAUAAGAAAAAGAAGUCGCACUGCAAGAAAAUAACUGGUUUCCAGUUUGCUCCAGGAAGUUCAUCGGAGGUGCUAGUCACUUCUGCUGAUUCACGAAUACGUGUUGUUGAUGGAGUUGAUCUUGUUCACAAGUUCAGAGGCUUUCGCAACACAAACAGUCAAAUCUCUGCCUGUCUAGCUGCAAAUGGAAAACACAUUGUAUGUGCAAGUGAGGAUUCACAAGUGUACAUUUGGAAACACAAAGAAGUUACUCGAUCUAACAACAAAGCCAAAGGAGGAGUCACUAUGACUCAGUCUUACGAGCACUUUCAUUGUCAAGACGUUACAGUUGCCAUUCCUUGGCCUGGCAUGUCAGAUCCAUGGGGAUUCAUUGACUUGGAUGAUCCACCUUUAGCCAAUCAUCCACCCACACCAGUUGAAGACUUGAACUUUGGUAAACAAAAUCCAUUACUAGAAUCUGAGUGCCAGAAUAGUAGCCCUCCUCUUAACAGAAUCAUUUCUAGAUCUUCAAAUAAAUAUCUCUUCGACAGAAUCUCAGCAACAUGGCCAGAGGAGAAACUAGUGUUAAACACAAAAAACCUCGGCCCUCAUGGCAAGCUGGAAUUCUCAGACGGGUCAAAUAGAAGUAGGUCGUCUGCCUGGGGCAUGGUAAUUGUUACUGCUGGACUUGAUGGAGAAAUAAGGACAUUUCAAAAUUUUGGAUUGUCAGUGGGGAAGAAGUUGGACACUUCAAUCCAUUGGAAACUUGCCAAAUCUGUACAGAUGUAAAAUUUGGAGAGAUUUCUAAUAUAUGAGCGCAUUUGUUUCACGUAUCAAUGUGAUGUAUCCUUCCGGAGUAUGUAUGUAUGUGUAAGCUUGGUUUCAAAACCAAAGACAAUAAUAGAAAUCAUGCACUAAGCUAAUCCAAACACAAACUUAGGGGAGAAGUAGUUGUUUGUUGUAUAGUGUGUGGUCCAGCAAAAUUAUUUCUUAGGGUAUUAUCGUUUAGGCCAGAUCCUGAUUAACGUUAAGAAGAUGUAUUAUUAUUUUUCUUUGAUUAACUAACUUAUCACUUAAUUUAAUAUAUCCGUUACUAUUUUUU